UAUGUAGGAAGCAAAUGCCAGUUUAUUGUUCAAAUGUAACUUAUCUUGAAAUAUUAUAUUACCAUUCACUUUUAGAUAAAAAAAUCAUAAGUAUUGUACAUUCAUGUCCAGAUAUAAUCCAUUUGAGUUUCAUAAAUAGCAUAAGAUUUAGUAAUAGAGUAUUAGAGCUGAUAGUGGGUUCAUACUCGAAUCUGAAGUAUCUCAAUCUGUGCGAUGAUCAGUCAGGUGGCUUUAGAGGCUUUCAUGCUCAAGAAGUGAAUGAUGAAGAUAUUACUGAAACAUCAAUUUAUAAUGUUAUUCGUUCUUGCCCAAAGCUUCAGCAACUCAACCUUAGUUUUUGUAAAAUUACCAAUAUAACUAUUGAAGAAAUUGUUAGAUCAUGUCUUAAUUUAAAAAAUUUUAAUCUGGAAGG